AUGCGAGUUGCAAUGCGAACGGGAAUGGGGAGAAUUGUCGCGGUUAAGGGAGAUGAUACCGCGAAGUCUCAGAGGAAGAAAAUGGAAAUGGGAUGUGACGGGAAGGAGAAGAGAGUCGUUAUCAGUACGAUAAAUGAAGCAACAUUCCUUGCUCUUAUCUGCUUCGCUGUUAUUGUCCAGAUUGCAUUAUCAUUAGGAUCUUAUUCCGGUCAUGCUACUCCGCCGAUGCAUGGUGAUUUUGAGGCUCAGAGGCACUGGAUGGAAAUCACAUAUCAUUUGCCUAUCAAUCAAUGGUACGUAAAUAGCAGUGAUAAUGAUUUGAAUUACUGGGGAUUGGAUUAUCCACCUCUUACGGCUUAUCACAGCUGGCUUCUCGGAACUGUGUGA